AUGCCAGUCGGUGAGCUGAUCAGCGAUGCGACCAGCCUACCUACCAUAGCGAGGACAAUUCGACAGUCUCUGUCCUCCAUCGACCGGAAACAGGCUCUGCAGGCUUUUGGUCUCGCCGCCGGUCUUCGCGACUACGAGGGGAGCCUCCGGUACCCUUUUGCCACGUUUGACGGAGCAGAGGUCUGUAUCACCAGCUGGGUCGGAUUAAGUGCCUUUGACAUCAGCUUCGGUGACAAGCUCUUCUCCGGACAUGGACGGCCGGAUCUCAUCCGGCCGCCGACACGGGAGUUUGAUGCGAUAUGUAGGAGGUGCGUGGUGUUGCCGAUGCAGGCAUCAGGGGGCUUCGAGGUACUUAUCUCAUUGAUUAAAGAAGAGAUGGAAGUACUGGAGACAGACGCAGAAUUCACGGAGUAUUUCAAGGUAGUCGGCAAUUAG